GGAUGAUGGUGAACGUAUGUGUUGCUACGGAGUUCAAACAUUGUGCGUGCCUGAAAAUAAACCUGCACCUUAGAUUUGAUGAAGUUUGUCUCUUAAUUAUUAGAUUCGGGUUUUGAUGAUGUAAGUGAGCGAUCGUUUUACUUUAACUUCACUUUUUCUUUUGAAAACGCGCAUACUGAAUCGAAUCCAUACCAGCUGGAAUUUGCUCAUCUUCUCCCGUCGGGAAAACAACAGGGAGGGGAGGACAAUGCUGAACCAUUUUUAACUACAGAAGCGUCAGCACUCAUUAACAAAGUUUCCAAGAAAUUCACAGGAGCACCGGGAGAGGGUAAGAUUUCCUAUUUGCGAUUCACAGAGAGAGGGGCUUGAGAAAUCAAGUUGCCUUCUAUUAAGAGGAUCGAGAGACUAAAGUUUCACUGCUGUAAGUUGGUUGCGUCGCUUUGAACUGCGAUAGUUUUUCCGCCACCUUCACGAGAAACGGAUUUGAACUGUUACAGAGCAACAGCAGAGGUUUACAAGGAAUUAUGACUCCAGAUGACCACCUCACCUAUGAGUCUUAGUCCUUCCCAUCAGUUUUGAGAAUGAAAGCGUUCCAGAUGGGGCCGUUGAGGCUCACUCUUCUAGUUCUGCUGAGUGGUGUGUCCUUUGGAGUGGUUGACCCUAAGAAGCAACCUCAGUCUCUCAGUCCCCAUCCGCCUCAACAGAACAUCACCCUGGCUGUCAUCCUACCUUUACAGAACACGGUGUACCCCUGGGCUUGGCCACGGGUGGGCCCUGCCUUGCUUUGGGCUCUGGAUAAGGUGAACUCUGACCCCAACCUUCUGCCCGGCUACCAUCUACAAGUGGUCUUUAACAGCAGCGAGGACAAGAAAGGAGUUUGCUCAGAUUCAGUAGCUCCUCUCAUGGCCGUGGACCUUAAGUUCUCAUGUAAUCCCUGGGCUUUCUUUGGACCCGGUUGUGACUACGCGUCCUCACCUGUGGCCCGUUUCACCACGCACUGGGAGGUUCCGAUGAUCACUGCCGGGGCGAGGGCGCUGGGCUUCAAUCUGUACUCCUCCAUCACCAACAUCGGCCCCACGCACAAGAAACUGGGCGAGUUUGUGGUGAGGAUGCACCGGCAUUUCGGCUGGCACAAACAUGCCAUGCUCAUGUUUAGUGAUAAUAAGACUGACGACCGGCCGUGCUACUUUGCCGCGGAGGGGCCAUACACAGGGUUGCGCAAUGACAACAUCACGGUGGAUGACUUGGUGUUUAAUGAGGACGAUGAACCGGUCCAGUAUGGAGUACUUAUUCAGGACAUCAGCCAGAAAGCCCGCGUUGUGUAUGUAUGCUGCAAGUGGGAGACGUUCCGUAAGCUGAUGGUGGAGUUCUGGAAGUUGGGUUUUCCUCGGGAGGAGUACGCCUUCUUCUUUGUCGAUCUGUUUGGACACAGUUUGCAGAGCCGCCCUGCCAAACCAUGGGCACGAGGAGAUGCUGAUGAUCACGCAGCCAAGGAGGCAUUUAAAAGCGUGAAGAUCUUGACCUACAGAGAGCCUCAGAACCCUGAGUACAAGGUCUUUGUGUCCAGACUGAAGACAGAUGCCAUGGACAUGUUCAACUUCAGUGUGGAAGAUUCUCUGAUGAAUCUGAUUUCCGGAGCAUUCCAUGAUGGAGUCAUGCUGUAUUCUCAUGCCCUAAACGAGACUAUGGAUCAUUCGGGUGUGCGGCCUCCAGGGGAUGUGGUCACAAAGAGGAUGUGGAAUCGCACCUACUAUGGGGUCACCGGACUCGUUCAGCUAGAUGAGAAUGGCGAUCGGGAAAUUGACUUUGCUCUUUGGGACAUGACCGACACCUAUACAGGAGUUUAUCAGAUUGUGUCGGUGUAUAACGGCAGUCAGAGGCAGAUGAUUCCAGAGCCGGGGAUGAAGGUGCACUGGCUGACGGGGAGUCCUCCUCCUGAUAAUCCUCUGUGCGGCUUCAAGAACGACAACCCUGCCUGCCUGGCAAAGACGGUCACCAUGCACCAGAUGAUCUCCAUAGUGGUGUGCUUCAUUUUUAUCAUCAUCGUGACGGUCACGGUCUUCAUUUACAGGAAGCUGAAGCUGGAGAACGAACUGGCUGCUCAGCUGUGGCGUAUCCACUGGGAGGACAUCCAGAAGAGUAACAUGGAAAAGAUGUUGCGUAGAGCCUGCAGCAGACUCACCAUGUCAUUGAGAGGAUCUAACUACGGCUCUCUGCUGACCAUGGAAGGAAACUUCCAGAUCUAUGCAAAGACUGGAUACUAUAAGGGAAACAUAACGGCCAUUAAAUAUGUCAACAAGAAACGCAUUGAGCUCACCAGGAAAGUGCUGUUUGAACUCAAACAUAUGCGUGAUGUUCAGAAUGAGCACCUGACUCGCUUUAUCGGUGCCUGUAUCGAUCCACCCAACAUCUGCAUCCUUACCGAGUACUGUCCGCGAGGCAGUCUGCAGGACCUCAUGGAGAGUGAAGGGAUCACGUUGGACUGGAUGUUUCGGUAUUCUCUUAUCAAUGACAUUGUUAAGGGAAUGGCGUUCCUUCACAACAGCGUGAUAGUCUCCCAUGGCAACCUGAAGUCUUCCAACUGCGUGGUGGACAGCCGCUUUGUGCUGAAAAUCACAGAUUACGGCCUGAAAAGUUUCCGCAAGGAGAGCAGUUUGGAGGGGACACACGCUUUCUAUGCUCGCAAGCUAUGGACGGCCCCCGAGCUUCUGCGUGCCGAUAACCCACCUCCUUGCGGAACACAAAAGGGAGAUGUUUACAGCUUUGGCAUCAUCCUACAGGAACUGGCACUGCUGAAGGGCGUCUUCUACCUGGAAGGCCCUUUUCUCAGCCCUAAAGAGAUCAUAGAGCGUGUGGUGGAGGGUCGGUGGCCGUACCUGCGUCCGCUGCUGUGCCCUCAGAGUCACAGUGAUGAGAUUGGUCAGCUCAUGCAGCGCUGCUGGUCAGAAGACAUCAAUGAGAGACCAGACUUCAACCAGAUUAAAGUACUGCUCCGCAAGAAUAACCGUGGAUAUGGCUCCAACAUCCUGGAUAACCUGCUGUCCCGCAUGGAACAGUAUGCCAAUAACCUGGAGGAGCUGGUGGAGGAGAGGACCCAAGCGUACCAUGAGGAGAAACGUAAAGCUGAAGCUCUGCUCUAUCAGAUUCUGCCACACUCAGUGGCAGAGCAGCUGAAGCGAGGUGAGAUGGUGCAGGCCGAAGCCUUUGACUCAGUCACCAUCUACUUCAGUGACAUUGUAGGCUUCACCGCAUUAUCAGCCGAGAGCACACCAAUGCAGGUGGUGACGUUUCUGAAUGAUCUUUACACUUGCUUUGAUGCAAUCAUUGAUAAUUUUGACGUUUACAAGGUGGAGACCAUUGGUGAUGCCUACAUGGUAGUGUCAGGUCUUCCUGUGAGGAACGGCAAACUGCACGCCCGAGAGAUCGCCCGCAUGUCUCUGGCUCUAUUAGAGGCUGUACACUCCUUUCGAAUCCGUCACCGUCCAAACCAGCAGCUGCGUUUACGCAUCGGCAUCCACAGCGGCCCCGUGUGUGCAGGGGUGGUUGGCUUGAAGAUGCCACGCUAUUGUUUGUUUGGUGAUACAGUCAACACUGCAUCACGCAUGGAGUCCAAUGGAGAAGCCCUAAAGAUCCAUGUGUCGGAGGCCACAUGGGCCAUAUUAGAGGAGUUCAACUGCUUCCAGCUGGAGCUCAGAGGAGAUGUGGAGAUGAAGGGGAAAGGACGGAUGAGGACGUACUGGCUGCUAGGAGAGAUCACCUCCAACAAUGCCUAAAUAACAAUAACGGAGAGAGAGAGACAACCCUCCACAGUGAGGAGAGAACAAAACAAAGACAUCUAAACAACAGUACUGGAGCAGUGCGUUGACAGAAGGGCAAUUUUCCAUCGUUUAACUCCCAAAGCUUCAGGUUAUUGCCUCCCACUGAACUGAGUUUGCCAAGUAAGCUCAAAAGACACAAAACAAUACUUGAGCAGGAUCAUUUGGACAAGCAAACGGAAGAUGACGUCAGAUCAGAGACUGUUCAGCCAACUGAUUGAGCACAGGGCCAUCUGCUGGUGUGAAAUCAUUCCUGAAGUCUAAAGUUUACGGGUCUUCUAAGAGUUUUGAAUUUCUUAUUGUCAUUACCGCUGGCUGCUGUGAUGAUAGGUCUUUGUUCAGAGUUUUUAAAGCCACUUGUCAGGUAUAGUUUUAGUCUGUUUGUGGAUUUGAUGUUUAUGUUCUUGCUGUUACAGAGACACCGUGCUGUAGUCCAUAUAGUUUUUCUAGCCAUGAAAAAUAUUCUUGAGAGUUGAGACCUCCUCUGGGAGAUAAGCAAAUUGAAAACCUCACAGUAAUGAAAUGAUUAGCCAGGUCUUUUAUCUGCCAGUGUGAAUCCACAGUUAUUUGAGAGAUUAUGAUUCACACGUGAAAGUCAUUCACAUACAAAAAAAUAAUAAAUGUGAAGUGUGAUCAAGAAAGCAUAGAAAUUACACAAGUUAAUGAUGGGUUUUGUUCGCAGAACACAAGAAAUGUGCAAGUAUUUUGAUAGUGUUUCAGUUGGGACAAUAGUUGAGACAUAUUUUUAUUGUUAAUUUCAUUGCAGGAUUUACUUUCAGCAUAAAGACAACAUAGCGUUCGCCAAAGCAUUUAUCAUCUGUAAUGUGAACUACAGUGGCCCCGAAAUGUAUUUGGACACUGUAGCCGCCCUUAAAAUAAAUGCAUUUCAAUGCAUUAGAUACCAAAAUAUUUUUAGUGGUUGUAUGAAGUCAUUUCCCCUCAAAUUCACACAGGUGUCCUACUCCUAGAAAAGUAACCACUGGAGUAGUUCAUCACAUAAACUAUGAACAGGUUGCACUUACAUUUGAAGACCAGAAAGUAUCCAAAAACUUGUUGUCUUUUUGAUUUUUAUAUUUUGAAUUAUAUUUUGUUAAAUAUAUGCUUUUGCCUUAAAUUCCACUUGGUUUAAUAGUUUGGUAUCUAAUGCAAAGACAUUUAUACAUUCCA